AUGGGCUGCGGCGGUGGGAAAGCCGUGGCUGCGAUGGAGGCUCCAGGCCAGAGCGAGGCGGUGGCUGGCAAAUCCUACAGGUCCUACAGAACGAAACGUUUUUCCGAUAAGGCUCCGAUACCGGCCGAGGCUGAGGAAGACAUGAGGACCCUCUUGGCUGGAAUGGAUGAUUUGGACGACUGGGUGGCAAAGAUGAAAGACUCAGGCUUUGGCAGGGCGCCGAACAUCUCCCGAUCGUGGGAGUCUGCUGACCAGCUGCACGCAAACUUUCGCGACUUCUGCAAAUAUGGGAGAGUGGAGGCCGUGUCCCAGCUCGUCAAUGGCUCAGCAAAGGAGUUCUGGUGCCUCUUCGGCUCCCAAAAGUUCAAUGAGACGGGCCUGGUGCUGGCAUCCAAAUACGGGCAUCAUGAGGUUGUGAGGGUUUUGGUGGCAGCAGGUUCGGAGAUUAACUAUCCGGCGAAUGGUGGGGCAGCUCUUCACUGGGCCUGCAAGUCCUUCUCGCAGAAGAAUUACGCGGCCAUGGAGCCGCAGCAGGUGGCCACCGUGCAGUUCCUGCUGGGGGAAGGUGCCCACAUGAGGCUCCCAGGUGCGAAACCGGAUGAAAUCUACGACGCCUUGAACAUGGCCACCCAACGCGGCAGCGUUCCCAUGGUCAUGCUGCUGAAGGCAGCCGGAGCCGAGGUCUCCGAAAGCACCGAGGCGGCAGCAAAGAAGUGGGGGGGCGCCGUUUCCCGGGCUCUUCUCGCUGAGGAGAAGGUUGCUGUGCCCUAUGUGGCACCCUCAUACUGGACACAUCAGUCAGAGGACCUGACCACUUUCGAGCAGAUUGCCGAAGGGUCGGAGGUGGAGGGCAAGUUGCAAGAGGCACUGGCCAAAACCUUCAAGGCCGUGCGCACCAGGGACCGCAGCGGCGCGGUGCCCAAAGGCCUCCGGCUGCGGCGCGCGAUGCGGAUCGAGAACACCGGCCUCUGGGCUCGCUACCUCAAUGCGACUGCCGCCUUGGAGAAAAGGCGGCCCGAUGGCUGCACUCCUAUCCAGGAUCUGGAUGGAGAUCCUGAGACCGGCCACGUUCGUACCUCCACGUCCCUGGGUGAUCUCGCAGGUCGGCUGAAGACAAACAUCGCGGAGCUUUACCUCUUCCACGGGACCAGCCCUGUGGGGGCGAAAGCCAUUUCGGAGCAAGGCUUUCGUCGCAUCCUGGCAGGCGUGAAUGCUGGCACGGCGUUUGGGCGUGGCUGCUACUUUGCGGAGGCGUCUUCGAAGUCGGAUGAGUAUGCGCAGGCUGACGGCGACGGGCACUUCGUGAUGCUUCUCUGCAGGGUGGUUUGCGGAGAGAUGUUCCGCAUCACCGAGAGGGACCCUCUUGGGCUCUCCGAUGCACUGCACAGCGGCCGCUACGACUCUGUGCUGGCAGACCGGGAGGCCUCCGUGGGGACCUACCGCGAGUUUGUGGUCUUCGACGAGGAGUGUGUCUAUCCAGAGUACAUCAUGAUCUACGAUCGGGAGAUCUGA